AUAUUUUACAUUAUUCUUAUACACUGUACCACACAAUGUUGUAACUUCUUUGGCCAUAAAUUUUCCAUACGUUGGGUAUACAAUUUGUCAGACAAAUCCAUGCCAAACGCUAGCUAACACGUUAUUGGGGUGGCCGGCGUUCGGAAUAUUCUAUUGCUAAAAAGGAAAAAAAUCUAAGAAAAAAGGAGAAAGAAAUGAAAUGUUGAGCAGUCAAUGGAGCAGCUUCAGUAGAGUAUCAUCACCAUUUCCCUUACAGCAAGCGCAACUCAAUAAGGCAUUAAACUUGAACAACAAACACUCUUGCUUUACCAAUUCAUCAAUGGAGGAUUCCACUUCCCAGGCUCACCAAUCGCCAUUUCAGUUUCUCACUAAGAAGACUUACCAGCCUCCUCACUGGGCUUCCCAUCUUAGCCCUAUUCCUUCCCACACGUUUUCACUUGGUCAUUUUCCGACUCCAAUUCACAAGUGGAACCUGCCUAAUUUGCCCAAGGACACUGAGGUUUGGUUAAAGCGUGAUGAUCUGUCAGGAAUGCAAUUGAGUGGAAACAAGGUCAGAAAGCUGGAGUUCUUGUUGGCAGAUGCUGUGGCACAGGGCGCUGACUGCAUAGUGACUAUAGGUGGCAUACAAAGUAAUCACUGUCGUGCUACUGCUGUCGCUGCCAAGUACUUAAACCUUGACUGCUAUCUCAUCUUACGCACUUCAAAGUUACUUGUGGAUAAAGAUCCUGGAUUAACAGGGAACCUCCUUGUUGAACGUUUAGUUGGAGCACACAUUGAUCUUGUUUCAAAAGAAGAAUACGCAAAAGUUGGCAGUGAGGCUCUUGCCAAAAUAUUGAAAGAAAAGCUGUUAAAUGAAGGGAGAAAGCCGUAUGUCAUCCCUGUUGGUGGAUCCAAUUCUCUAGGAACCUGGGGCUACAUCGAGGCAAUCAGGGAAAUUGAGCAACAAGUUCAGUACUCGAGCAUUGUACGGAAAUUCGAUGACAUUGUUGUAGCUUGUGGCAGUGGGGGUACAGUCGCUGGCUUGUCAAUUGCAUCCAGGCUCAGUGGCGUGAAAGCAAAAAUUAAUGCAUUUUGUGUUUGUGACGAUCCGGAUUAUUUUUAUGAAUAUGUUCAAGGACUACUUGACGGAAUUAAUGCAGGGGUUAGCUCCCAUGAUAUUGCUAGCAUCAAAACUGCAAAAGGCCUUGGGUAUGCUAUGAGCACCGCUGAUGAGCUUAAAUUUGUGAAGCAAGUUGCUGAAACAACAGGUGUUAUUCUUGACCCUGUCUACAGUGGUAAAGCAGCUUAUGGAAUGAUGAAAGAUAUGGACGAGAAUCCAAGAAAGUGGGAGGGAAGAAAGAUUCUCUUCAUACACACAGGUGGGCUACUAGGUUUGUAUGACAAAGCUGAUGAAAUAGGCUCAUUAAUGGGUAAAUGGCGUAGAAUGGAUAUCAAUGAAUCUGUCCCUAGACAAGACGGCAUCGGCAAAAUGUUCUGAAAUGCCAAAAGAAUAAAGGUGUUUUGGGCCCUCUCCUGAGAAUAGCUGAGUUAUGGAUGCAUGAUUUCUUCUUGCUAUCCCUAAGGGGAUCGCCUUUAGUGACCCACCUGGUGGGGAUUGGGUGAGGUUUCUCCUUGAUUUUUCUUAAUAAUAAUGUUGUUUGAGCCAUCUUGUGCUCAUCUCGAUUAUUUAUUUCACUGUAUUUGUGUUACCUCUCACUAGCGACUGGUAUAUGUAAAUGGUAUCUGUUCAAGUAGAGGGCCCAUGACUAUCAAUUAGGCAGCUA